ACAGCACAGUGCUUGCAGAUGAAACCUGUUCUCGAGGGUCGCGGAUAAAUUCCACUGCGCUGUUUCUCUGAACACAGGACCCCAAAAGCUCCUGCUGCCAGAGGGCACCUGGCAACCCCCGAUCUGAAUGGGCCCUUGACCUCUGAGAAAUGGAGCCUUAUUACUGUGGCGUUUUGGUAAGCUGAUUGCUUUAGGGAAAAUGCAGCCAAUUUCAAAAGCUGAUGGGGAAAGAAGCAUUCAUUAAAGUCCAAGGUGGCAUAGCACUUGGGUGAAAACAGAUUUCACUUUUAACUGAUGUCUGAAGAUCACAUUUGGAAGUAACUUCAUGGAAGCGUGAUUGGACAUGUAAGGAGGGGCAGCUUCUGUCUUUAUCCUAUGAUAAGUAAGAUCUAAGGUACACGUUGCCUGGAAUAUCUGAAGAUUGUCGCCAGAGAAGGUUUUUCCACCUCUACUGCACAGAUCCCUGAUGCAUACCUACUGUCUUCAGCUUUUAAAAGAUUGUACAUUCAAGAGGCUCUAGUUAAAAUGCAAACAUGUUGUAAGUGGGUAACCUUGUAAGCUUGCUUCAGUCGGUGCACCCAGUGGGUAUGAGUAGGACCUCUUUUUUGUACAAUGAGAUUGGAGAACAAGGACAGAGGGAAAUAGGCAAUAACUCCGAGAGGCAAGCAGGGGCAAACAGUAAAGGGAUACAAAGGCUGGUUAUAAUCAUAACUGGAGCAUAAGACCUAGGAUUUUUUUCUCAACUUCUGAAGUCCUUUCCGUCCUCCAUGCCUCACUCUAAAAAUUCCUGAACUUAUGAUUCUGUCUUCUCUCAUUGGGUGAGUGACUGUACAAUUCUUUAAAUUUUUUUUUAUUUUUUACAAUUUUAUUUAAAGGAGAAAAAAAAGUAUAAGGGUACAGGCAAUACAGAAUUUCAAAAAAAAACCAGUAGGAAAUCACUAGUUAAUAGAUUACAUAUUGUCAUCUUAGAAAUAGUUGUUCAAGUGACAGGAUUAAAGCAUACAAAGUGGACAUUCAAACAAUGAGACUGCAAACAGUUGUGUUCAAUGAUCCAACCAAAAACAUUAAUAUGGUGAGCUAUUUAACACCCCUAAACACACUUGCUGUUGUAUCCUUUAGAGUGCUUUUUCCCCUCUUCUUUUUACAACAAUAUUUACACAUUUUGGAUUUUAUUACUCCAUAGUUCUUAUUACUUUUUUUGGAAGAGAAUAAAGUCAAAUAUGGAAAACAAAGCUGUUAGUCAAAACCAAGGAUAGACAUAGCACAUGAUGUAAAAGCAGAGUACAAGGUUAUCGACAAUGGUUACCAUAAUGCCUCUUGCUUCCUUAAAAAGAAUUGUCUAUCUCAUUAGGUAUUAUAAAGUUGAACAAAACAGUAGAGAACAAGACCAAUAAAACCUAAACCUUGUAAACACUACAGGACUUCCAAAGAGGAUAAUAGUCAAACCAGAAUGGGCAGCAUAGUGGAAUCUUAUUGCCUUCAAAGUAAUUGCCCAUACCUUCAAAAUUGAUACUAUCAUACAGAACAGAACAGAACAGAACAGAACAGAACAGAACAGAACAGAGUCUAAUCAGUCAAAACAAGAUAGUGGGAGUAUUACAGGACUUCAAAUCAAGUUAAUAGGAAAUCAAAAAAGUUACUAUAAUAUAUCCUGCUAAUUUUUUUAUUUUUCCCCUUAAUUAAUAAAAUCAUAAAAAAUAACUAAAUAAUUUUUUAAUGAAUAAGGGAGAGAUUGAGAUAAAAGAGGAAAUAACAACAUAACAAUACAGGUCAAAGCAUGACAGUUUCAGCAACCUAGUGCUUCACCACCAAAUAACGUGACUUAAUAGUAGUUACCGUAGUGUCUUUUUCCUUGAAAUAUUUGAGUAUACCUUCAUAUACUAUAGUAUCAAACAUAUCAAGGCAGUGUGAAAACAUUAAACAGGAUGAAAGUAAUACAGGGUAUUUAGAGCCAGUUAACGGAAAAUGAACAAUGGUUUCUAUAUUAUCUCUUUGCCAAUAAAAAUUUUUGUUUAUACAAUCACAUAAUAAAAUGCAGUAAGGUAUAACAUGAUAAAACCAAUGGAGACACAAGAACAACAGUUUGAUGGGACUUCAAAACAAGAUGAUAUUAAAUCAGCACUAGCUAUUAUGAUCUCUUGUUUUCUUCAAAAUAGCUGUUCAUAUCAUCACAGACAAUAAUAUCAAACAUCCCAGAAUAAAAUCAUUCCAAUUAAUGAGUGAAAACUUUAUAAGGCUUCAAAGCCACAUAAUUGGGAAUCAUGAUUACCACAAACUUUUAUAUAUUUGAAUCAUUUCUUACAAUAGGGAAACUUUGGCAUGCAUACGUGUGAGUUUGAUUUAUUUCACUUAUGAGUAUGGUCUCAAGCUGCGUCCAUUUAUUUAUAAAUAUCUCAAUGUGAUCAUUCUUUAUAGCUGAGGAGUACUCCAUUGUAUAAAAAUACCACAAACUUUUUUAUCCAUUCCUCAGUUGAUGGGCAUUAAGAUUGUUUCCUACAUCUGGCUAUUACAAAUUGUGCUGCUAUAAACAUGGAUGCAUAUAUAUCACUGUGGUAUGAUGCUUUCAGUUCUUCUGGGAAUGUGCCUAGAAGUGGAAUAGCUGGAACAAAUGGGACUUCCAAUCCAAGCUUUUUGAGAAAUCUCCAUACUGAUCUCCACAAAGGUUUUACCAGUCUACACUCUCACCAACAGUGCAGGAGAGUUCCUUUUUCCCCACAGCCUCUCCACAGCAUUUGUUGUUGAUGGUUUUCUUGAUCCUGGCCAUUUUUUCAGGAGUGAGAUGAAAUCUCAGUGUGGUUUUAAUUUGCAUUUCUCUAAUGACAAAUGAUGAUGAACAUUUUUUCAUGUAUUUAUUUGCCAUUUGUAUUUCUUCAUCUGAGAAGUGCAUAUUCAUCUCAGAUGCCCAUUUUUGGAUUGGAUCUUUGAAUUUUGAGGGUCUGAUUUUUUAAAUUCUUUAUAUGUUUUAGAGAGAAGUCCUUUGUCUGAAGGGCAGUUCACUAAGAUCUUUUCCCAGUUUGUGGGUUUUCUUUUCACUAUGCUGGAGAUUUCUUUUGACAUGCAGAAACUUUUUAAUAAGAAGUGAUCCCAGUUAUUCAUUCCGGGAAGUAUUUCCCGUGCGGUUUGAGUCCUGUUCAUGAAUUCUCUACCUACCCCUAUGUCUUCAAGGUUUUUACCCAAUUUGUCUUCUAAUAGAUUUAGUGUUUCUGUUUUAAUAUUCAGAUUUUUGAUCCAUUUAGAUUUUAAUUUAGUACAUGGUGAUAGGCAUGGGUCUAAUUUUAGUUUUCAGCAUAUGGAGAGCCAGUUUUUCCAACACUGUCGUUCUUCCAGUGAACCUGCUUGGCUCCUUUAUCAAAGAUAAGGUGGUUGAGUGUGUUUGUAGUUGUGGUUGUAUCUUGUAAUCUAUUUCAUUGAUCUCCGGCUCUGUUUUGAUUCCAGUACCAUGUUGAUUUUACUACAACAGUUGCUUUUUAGUGUAACUUCAAGUCAGGGAUUGUGAUGCCUCUUGCCUUGUCUUUGUUGGUUAGAACUGUCUUUGCUAUUCUAGAUCUCUUCUCUCUCCAGAUGAAUUUUAGAAGUGAUUUCUCCAGAUCUAUGAGGUAUGUUAAUGGGUGGUAUUUUUAUUGGGAUUGCAUUGAAUCUGUAUAAGUUUUGGGAGAAUGGCCUUUUUCACAAUAUUUAUUCUUCCUGUCCGUGAGCAAGGGAUGGUUUUCCAUUUUCUGAGAUCAUCUUCAAUUUGUUUUUUCAGAGUAUUAUAAUUUUCCCGGUAUAGGUCUCUCCCUUCUUUCAUGAGAGUAAUUCCUAAAUAUUUCAAUUUUUUGGUUGCUAGUGUGAAGGGUAUGGCUUCUCUUAUUUCUCUUUCCGUGAUUUUGUUGUUAGUGUAUAGGAAUGCUAUUGAUUUCUGAGUAUUGAUUUUGUACUGAAUUUAUUUAUUAUAUCUAGCAGUCUUUCAAUGGGGUUUAGGGGUCUUCUAUGUAGAGUAUCGUGUCAUCUGCAAACAAUGAUAAUUUAACUUCUUCUUUUCCUGUGUUUACCCCCUUUAUUUCUCUCUCUUGUCUAAUUGCUCUGGCUAGUAUUUCCAGGACUAUAUUAAAUAGGAGUGGUGAUAAAGGACAUUCUUGUCUUGUGCCUGAUUUUAAAGUAAAGGCCUUCAAUUUUUGGCCAUUUAGUAUGAUACUGGCUGUUGGUUUGUUGUAGAUGGCCUUUAUUAUAUUGAGGUAAAGACCAUCUAUUCCAAUUUUCUGUAAAGUUUUUAUCAUGAAUGAAUGUUGGGCCUUAUCAAAAGCUUUUUCUUCAUCUAUAGAAAUGAUCAUGUGAUUCUUACUUUUGGCUUUAUUGAUAUGGUGGAUUAGAUUUAUUGAUUUACGUAUGUUGAAUCAUCCCUGUAUGCUUGGGAUGGUGCCUGUACAAUUUUGAAGAUACAAGUGUUGUGCUUAGGAUGAAGCCAAGACUAAGAGACAGAGCCUUGAAGGUCUUUGGUCCAGCUUCAACAUGCAGUGCCCAGGCAACUUGAUCUCUGUGUAGCAGGCAGACCAUGUACCUCCUGAGCUGGCUCAUGGAUUGUUACAAAUGCCCUGCCAAAUGAGAAGUAAAAUGGUGGCCCUGUUCGUCUCGCUGUCCCUGAGUUUUAUUCUCAGAGCCUCAUUCUGGCUUCAUAACCAGCGAUCUACCAUCUGAAAGGCAAUGUCCUCUUAGGCUCAUUGCUCUGUCUCUGCCAGGAUUCGAUCGCUGGUACUCAAGUUCCAGUGGAAGUGGUCUGUUUUCUCUGAUCUUGAUGUCCAUGCUCGCCUUGUCUUCUAGGGAUUCUGUGUCACCCUCGAGGUCCAUCAUCACACACUGGGGCUGAUUAUGGGCUUUGUGGUCUUUCCUUCUCUUUCUAAUCUGCUUCUGGUGCACAUCUAAAUUGUUUCUCUCCUUUACACCCCUGUCUCCCCAUUCCAUCCAUGGCUUCCUAUGUCCUAUCGGACAAAGUUCAGUGUCUUCAGUAUGGUUGUUAAGGUUCAUCAUGAAGAAGUCCGUCUUAGUGCUACAUUUUUCUCAACAUGGAUGUGAAUCCCGAGGAGUCAGCGCUUGCGAUGGGCUAAGCUGCAAACUGCGUAGCUAUCACAGCUCUGGGCACAUGUGGGAAGCCACCUAUGAAUGGCGCCCAUUUCCUGCUUCCGGGUUCUUCCUGGCCUGAACAAGCCCGCCAAAUUGUCAGGUCUGCCCAGUUACCCGUGACGCUAGCCUAUCAGCUUGUUAGGCGCGCUUCUCUGUGAUUGGAUACUGCUUCCCCUUAUAAGAGGUUGUUCCUGCCCCCAACGGCGGAAGAGGAAUCAACACCGAGGGUGGCGGACCUUGUCAGGUCCGGUUCGCUGUACGUAAUAAAGUUUGAGAGCUGAUCCUGCUCGAGUUUGGUCUCCUGUCUCCCGCGGCUCCGGUCAUAUGGUGGCCCCCAUACGGGGAAUAAAAGACUCAGCGACGUGCCUCUUCGGCCGGGAGGUGCGAUUGCUGUCGCCUGCGGUACGACGGAGGACCUGGCCCAAUAACAACGGAAGGCCGCGAGCGCCUCUUCUCUUCACCCUGAUCAGCUACGUGAGAUACAGCGGUUCCCGGGACAGGUGAGUACUGGGUCACCUGGGUUGGGUGGAUGCACCUAACAGAUUUUGAGCGCCACACGAGUGGACGCUGGGUUUUUUUUUUCUUUUCUUUUCCCUUUGCAUCUGUUUUGCUUUCGCUUCGCUAAUACAGCCCGACAGGCUUUUGAUAGAGCUCGAUUGGAAUGCUCAGAGGAGCCCGGAGCCACUGCCGAUUGUGGGUCUCCGGAGGACCCUCAGGGCUCUAAUUCUGAUUCGGAUUUGGAAGGCUCAGAAGAGGAGGUCGUCUUUGCUAAGCAUGACCCUCCUACACCGUUAAAAGAGGAACUUAGGGCUCGGGAAGAUAAAAAGGGGAACCAAACACCACCCUGCCCGAGCUACUCCGCCUUACGGGAAGACCUUAAGCCCUUCCGCCCUUUGGCAAGUUCGCGACCCACGAUCACCCCCUUCAGGGCGCCAGGCCCCACUAAGCCCUUCCGCCCUUUGGCAAGUUCGCGAAUUCAGGGCUCGGGAAGAUAGCACCGCCGUGGCCGGAAGAGGAGUUGCUCCCUGGGCUGCCACCACAACCUAUGGCACCGCCCUGGUUAGAGGGAGAGCUACUUCCUGGGUUGCCUUCUGCGCCCCCAUCUGGGGAGGGAGGAGGACGUUCCUUCCACCAGAGGGUAUGGUUGCGGCUUCCCUUUGAGUGUUCCGGUCUCCAUGCAUUCCCGGUACAAGUAGGAGGCAGGGGAGGAGGAGGAUAUUAUGAGCCCUUAGAAAUUAAACAACUUAAAACUAUCAAGGACGCAGUUUCAGCUUAUGGGCCCAAUGCGCCAUUUACCAUGGCGCUUUUAGAGGCAUUGGCAGGUCUGCUUUUAACUCCUGGAGAUUGGACCCAGCUGGCACGCGCCUGCCUCUCCCCCGGACAAUAUUUAGAUUGGAAGUCCUGGAAUGAGGAAUUCUGUGUAGAGCAGGCGGCAGCCAACAGGGAAAAUAACCAGAGAGAGUGGAACAGGGAUAUGCUAUUAGGGCGAGGAGCCUUUGAGGAAGAUCAAACUCAAUACCCUCGCCAGGUUUAUGAACAAAUUAGCCGCUGUGGCCUCCAGGCCUGGAGACGGCUGGCUGGAAAGGGAGAACAUACGGGUCACCUUACAAAAAUUAUACAAGGGCAGGGAGAGCCAUUUUCAGACUUUGUGGCCCGCAUGCUUGAGGCCGCUAACAGGAUUUUUCCAGAUGCUGAGGCGGCUCACCCUCUCAUAAAACAAUUGAUUUUUGAACAGUGCACUAAGGAGUGCCGUGAUGUCCUAAGAACUAACAAAAAUAGGUCCUUAGAAGAGUGGACACGCCUGUGCCGUGAAUUGGGUGGCCACGGCCUAACGCCCAAAGGAAGAAUAUCAUUGGCACUCUUUACCAUAAAUUUUUUAAACCUUAAUCAUAAUAAUCAUUCCCCUGCCAUGGAGCACAAUAACCCGUCCCCGGCCGACAAAGGGCUGGUGAGAUGGAAAGAUGUCCUUACAGGACAAUGGAUGGGCCCGGAUCCAGUGAUUAGCUGGACCCGAGGUGCGGUUUGUGUCUUCCCACAGGAACCAGGCUGCGAACCGCUGUGGGUCCCGGAAAGAUUGACACGAGUAGUAAACUCCCCACCAGUUCCUGAUAAAGCACAGGAGGAUAAGCCCGCGGACACAAGUCAACUCGACCCUUCUGGGACCGACGCUCAGCGCCCGAGACCAUCUACAAACUAAAAUGUCUGGUUUGGAGCUUUUUCUAUUCUGUGGGUUCCUAUUAGCUUUUUCUAUUCUGUGGGUUCCUAUUAAUCACCCCUGUGAUAUGCUCAGAUUCCACAGAACCACCACAAUAUCUUUGGGGUCCUUGGCACCACCCGCCCACGUUGGCACCUUUUUCGGCGGCCUCGCCCGCCUCACCCAGGGUUUACACCAUCAAUCAAACAGUCCUUGAUUAUGCUAAUUGCCAUGGCUAUCCUAGUAGGGCUUGUGGUUAUUAAAUGCUUGUUAGAUCGCCUCAUACAAACUCAGCAGCAGGUUAAGAUCACGGCUAUGACAGCGAUGCAAAUGGCAGCAGGUGGCCCAUCAGGCCAGCAGGCCGCCGCAUAUCUCCUUCACAUUGCAGAACAUCAGUUAUAAAAGCUGAUUGGGCAAGCCAAUGACGGGUAAGACGGGAAAAGCCCUCCCGGUCAACCUAAGACAGGCUCCACUCAGAUAUACAUGGCCUAUAAGGCCAGGGGUCCCUUCUGGAGUCAAAUUAUUGGCAUUGAGAUGCAAGACCAAGGGUACUGCAGUGCUAUCCGCCUCAAAGGUUGGGGGGAAGGCAGGAAUGAAUGUCUAUAUGCAUCCAGGUUCGGUUCACAAAAGCCUGGCCCUGCGAAAAAAUGAACCACUCACCUUGAGCAUGGUCCUGGCGCAAGGAGAUGCACAAAACAGGGUGAUGCACAGCAGGGUAUAGACCUCUACAUUCUCUCAUGCCUCGGCCUACAAGGUAGGCCCACUCCUAGGUGUCUAACAGCAACAAGGUCAUAGACACCUUGGAGGGACCCACAGACCAUCCUAUUUUAAUAAAUAAAAAAGGGGGAGAUGUGGGAAGCCGCCUAUGAAUGGCGCCCAUUUCCUGCUUCCGGGUUCUUCCUGGCCUGAACAAGCCCGCCAAAUUGUCAGGUCUGCCCAGUUACCCGUGACGCUAGCCUAUCAGCUUGUUAGGCGCGCUUCUCUGUGAUUGGAUACUGCUUCCCCUUAUAAGAGGUUGUUCCUGCCCCCAACGGCGGAAGAGGAAUCAACACCGAGGGUGGCGGACCUUGUCAGGUCCGGUUCGCUGUACGUAAUAAAGUUUGAGAGCUGA